UUUGCUCAGAUCUAGAGUAAUCAAAAUGUCUGAGGAAAAUACUGCUACUAAUCCAAAGAAAUCAGCCGUGGAUGAGAGGGUUGAUAAGUUGGAAGCUGCAAUGCAAACUGUGGCCGCUACUCUUCAGACUAUCAGUCUUACUUUGUCUACUUUGACUACUGGUUCAAUUCCUUCAACUGCAUACUUAGUGCCCUCAACACCAGCUCCACCUGUCCCUAUUCCACCAUCUAUUAUCACAUCGGGAAUCCAAACUAAUUUCAAGUUCAAGCAGCCAGAUUUUGAUAAGUAUGAUGAUUCAGGGUGUCCUUAUGCCCACCUGCAGAUGUAUGCUAGGAAGAUGACAGCUUAUGCCAAUCAUGAGAGGGCGCUCAUUCAUUACUUUCAAGAUAGUCUGUCAGGCCCAGCAAGUAUUUGGUUCUCCAUUCUUAACAAGAAGAAGAUUCGCACUUUCAAGGAUGUGUCUCAAGCUUUCAUGAAGCAGUAUGAGUAUAAUAUCAAUCUAGCUCCUACAAGGGAUAACUUGCAGAGAGUCACCAAGAAAGUGACAGCGGGUGAACAAAUUGAAGAUGGACUUAAGACAGGCCUAAUUAUGGACUUUCAAGCCAUCCAGAAACAGUUAGAACAAGUCAAAAUGGGCAGUGCAGGAUCUACUUCAAAGAAGUUUGCCCCCGGAGGAAAGAAAGAAGAUGAAGAAGCUUUCAGUCAUAUUUCCACUUGUCAUACAAAACCAGUUUAUAAUGUGGCAAAGAUUUCUUAUAAUCGGCAGCCUCAAUUGCAAUACACUUCAGCCUUUAAGCCUACCACUUAUCCGUUUUGGUAUGAUCCACAAGCUAGGUGCGAAUAUCACAAUGUGGUGGGUCAUGGUACUGAAUAUUGUGCAACUUUGAGGCAUAAAAUUCAAGAUCUCAUCGAUAAAGGGAAACUUCAGCUUGAUACUAAGGAAGCCGAGAGCACUCCGAACAUCACUCGAAAUCCUUUACCCCCUCGCGAUGCAAGCACAAUGAAUAUGGUUGCCCUUGAUGAAGUUGCCCUUGAUGAAGUUGAAAAGCCCUUUAAGGAAGUGGCUGUGGAUGAUAUUACUGAUGAAGUUUGUUUUGAUGAUGAGGAAGACUAUUUUGGCUUCAACAACCUCUUUGGGCCAGCCAACAUGAUAGAUUCUAAGGAAAGGUGGAGAAGGAUGCUCGCUGAAAAGGCAUCCAUGGAGAAGCACCCCAGCUUCCAUCUUGUUCAUCAUGCGAAGGCUCCAAUGGGUUCACAUGAGUCUAUGCUUCUUGGAACAAGGGAAGAAGAAUCACUAUGUGACUCAUUGAGAAAUUUGACUAUAAAUGCUUUAGAUGAGGAAGAAUUGGAAUUUGAUAAGGGAGUUUCACUAGUCAAUGGAAGCUUUUAGGCUAAUUGGACAACGGAACUUCUCCCUGCAGCUUUCAUCUUUGAGUAAGAAGAGUCAGCCUUUAGUAGUUUUGCUUGUGACUACAUGAAGGGAGGGAUGCAACAAGCACCUUUAUAUUUUUUGAAAUUUAUGUUAUCAUGCUUCUAGUAUUCCCAUGCUUUCCUUUUAAAUAAGACAUGUUGCAAUUC